UAUAACUAUUUCAGUUAACAAAAGUUGCUUAUUUUUGUGUAGAAAUUAGUCAAUAAAAUUUGUACGUGGUAUAAACGAUGCUAAAUUUUCUACUAAAACUUUAAAGCUCGUCGUAAAACUCCUCCGUUUUAAAUUACUAAAUUACUAAAUUUUGAAUCGUUUAAGAAAAAUAGCAGACCUUUAACUGUUCUGUUUGUUUAUGCAGAACUAAAAAGUUUUCACGGGUAGUUCAACAGAAAAAGGGGGUGCGAUGGCUGAGAACCGUGAAGAUGAUGAUCUUGGUAUUCCUCGAGCAGCCCUCAACAAAAUGAUCAAAGAACUACUUCCACACACAAGGAUAGCUAACGAAGCAAGAGAACUCAUAUCAAACUGUUGCACUGAGUUUAUACACCUGUUGUCAUCAGAGGCGAACGAUAUAUGCAAUAAACAGCAAAAGAAGACAAUAUCUCCUGAUCAUGUUCUAAAUGCAUUGGAAGCUUUGGGAUUUGGUGAAUAUCGGGCUGAAGCACAAGCAGUCAUGGCAGAGGCAAAAGCAGUAGCAGCAAAGAAGCGUCGCCAGAGCACCAGAUUAGAAAACCUGGGCAUCCCAGAGGAAGAGUUAUUGAGACAGCAACAGGAAUUAUUUGCUCAAGCCCGACAAGAACAGGAAGCGAUAGAGCAACAACAAUGGCUUCAGAUGCAGCAGGCGGCGCAGGCAGCACAACAACAACAGAUGCAACAACAACCCGCAACAGAGGAAGAUGAAUAUGAAUGAAGGUCAAGGUUGAAUUGGACGGAAAAAAACUUGUGUGCAGGAUGUGGUCAUUGCCUUGCUUUUCUGUCGGAAAAGACUAGUGUAAUGAUCAUUGCCUUGUUAAACCCUUGCAAUGACUCACAAUGAUCAGGGUCUUGUUUUACCCAUUGGAAAAGACUUAUGGAAAAAUCGGUCUUGUUUACAUGUAUCCAUAGGAAGAUAUGAACUUUGAUCAUUGUCUUGUGAUACUCAUCGGGAAUGGCAUCUAGAACGGUCUUUGUCUUGCUUUGCUUUUACCCAAGGGAAGACUUGCAAUGAUCUGGGUCUUGAUAUACCCAUUGGAAAAGACUAAUGGGAAACCAUUGCUUGUCGUGCCAGUAGACUGACUUCUACUUUGACCUACGAAUACCCAUUACAUUGGAAACAAAUGCUGUGCUGUGUGUUAUGGAAUUCUGCAUUUAUGAUCCAGGUGCUGUCCAACUCUGAGCAAUGACCAAAAGCUGCUUGGUUGGUAUUGUCGGCAAGAAGAGAAUGUGAACUGAAGGACACUGUUGAUGUGAAAAAAAUGGUUUUGGUGUCAUGUCCUGUAAACAGAUGAAGUCAAAUUUGCUAAGAAUGUAAAGUACCUUUGGGCCCAGCCCCGGUAUCAUAAAACUUCAAAGGCAACGUCAUGAGGUGGAACCUCUUUUAUGCUCUAUUAAUAAGCUGGAAAUGAAGACUGUCUCAGAUUGACCACAAUCAGAGUUUUAUAAUGCCAGGUCAAAAUGUUGAUAUUUGCAACAGAAUCAGAGUAGAAUAAAGCUGAGUAGAUAA